AAGAAUGAAUACGAAACAUGUAAACCUGUCGGUUGGGUAUUGUUUCGCGUGGAUUCCGAACUUAAGCGGCAAAAAGACUUGUUUAAAGAUUAUUUUAUAGACAUUCUUGACUUGUGGAUUGAAAAAAGGCAGCACUAUUUUGACCUGUAAAGCAACAAAUAUCUAAGUCUUAAAUCUAAUUGACGACGAGUGCACUUUGGUGGGUACACUGUUAAUGCAGCUUUCUGACUGCUUGUGGGACAAUACAUUUCACAUUUAGAACUGUAAUUUAUUGUCUUGAGAGGUUCCAAAGUGGCAUCUAGAGAUUUUAAGGCGUUAAACAUGGAACAAGAUGCAGAAAGCUCCCUAAAAAUGACAAUAAUGGUCGCUAUGGGCGUUGCUAUGCAGUUUUUUUGCGAAAAGUGCCAGAUUGAACUAUAUAAACCGAAAUUUAUAAUUAGCGCUACUUACCACCGUAUUCUAAGAUAAAUUUGUCGUCUGAAAACACGUAAAAGACGAUUCUUGAAAUUUUUUUAGGGGAAUCACCACCUUAGGUAAGAUUAUUACGCAAUGAAAAAUAUCAUUUGCGUAAAUUCACCACAAUUGAAGAAAUCUGGUUAAAAAAUUCACUGAAAAUAACAAAACUUAUCUUUGAAAAGAAAAAAAUAUAAAACAAAUCAAUUUCAGUGUUAUUUAGGUUCUGUAUAUAUUUCGAAUUGCUACCAAGCUAGUUAGCUAGUUAACUAAACUUUUUUUUAAAGUUAUCAAAAUGGAGUUUCUCUUAUUCGAAAACUUAGACGCAAACGAAUGUGUCUAAGAGUGAAGUCCAAAUUUUAAAGAAAACCUCCUAAAUCUACCAAUAGAUGCGAAUUAAUUUCUCAGAACAAACCCCGCAUUACAAUCGACCAAUGAGCACAAGUCAUCAACUCUUAUGUUCCCUCGGGAAAACGUUUGCCAUCAAUAUAUUAAGGAAAAAAGGAUGUCCUGAUAAUUUUCCACAUCUCUUACUAUUCGGAGUUCCCGCUGGUAAGAAAAAAUACGCUGGGAUCUUUCUUACGUCACACGGAGAGAAAAUUCAAAACUUGGUGUCUUUUUUUUAGACUUUCGUCAUGCUUUUUUUAAUUAAAUUUUUAACUUGCAUAGAAAUUUUAGAGAAAAGAAAGACGUACAUUUAAAUAAUUUAUCAUUCGAAAACAGAAAUAAGCAUGUAUCUAAAAAUUGCCAAACGAAAAAAAAUUUUCUUUGAUCAACAUGGACGUAAGCAUUGUCAUAUUUUUUUUCGGAGCUGUGGAAAGCUUUUGUGAUCACGAUAAAAAGGAGCCUUCAUACAUUUCUGCUACAACGAAUAUUUCCACUCGUUUUAAAGUCGCAUCAUCUGUUAAAGAGUAUUUCCAAAAUGGCUCCAAGCCACUUGAAAAAAUCAAAAAAAAACUACAGAAGGGAAUCACAUUUUCUGAAGAUUUCAGUAUCCCUUUUAAUUCAACACCAGUCAACAGAAGUCAGAUUUCUAAAGCAUCGUUUAAAGGUGGUAAAAUCACAUAUGUCAAAGUCUUAGAACAGUUUAACUUUGAUGGGUCCAAUGAAAUACCUGUUUUGAUUUCUACAACCUGGUCUCAACAUGAUUUAGCAAAAAGCAUCAAUCAUACUUCGGAAGAACUUGCACAAUCUGUUUUAGAUGGUAACAUUUUAAAUGUGACCAUGUCGCUUGAAUGGAAGACUGGAUACAAAGAAUUGGGUAAAGACAAAUCUACCCCACGCGGUGAGACUGUAGAGAAAUUCUCGAAGAUAUGGAAAAGAAGUGGCAUUCCGGAAUUUACAAAUGGACAGAUAAGUGUGGCGACGAAUAACAAAAGUAGCGUUUAUCCUUGUGGCGUUGUUAUUGAAGGGUUGACCAAACAAGCUUGUGAGGAUGAUUCUUGGCCAAAGAUAACGUAUGUUCAUCCACUUGAAAAAUUUCUUCCUUUCGAUCAAAAAUGGUAUCAGUUUGAUACGAAACCAACAGCAAGUGGAAUAACUUCAAAUAUCUCAUAUGGAUUCAAUAGAACUGGAAAUACCUACUUCAUCAAUUUCACAGUUUUAUUCAGCAUUUGGACAUUUGAUUUUCCGAAUGGAUUUCUGUAUAACUAUCGAGAUCAAAGCUUUGUAAAUGAAAAGACCAUGUUAGAAAUAUUUUAUUGGAAGACAGAAGUUGUAAAACCAGAAUGCCCUCUUCCUACAUACUUGCCCACAAUUUUUUAUCUUAUGAUUGGACCAGCAACAGUCCUUGUGCUUUCGUUGGUUUUGAGGUUACUCACGUGUUCAAAGCAUGCAUUUAACAUAAAAGUUUGGCAGUUCAAAAAUAAAAACAAGAAUGUAGAUGAAGUAUUCUCUGAAUGGAAAAAGAAGUCACAACGAAUUGCGAAAGAAAAAAAUCAAGAACGAGCAAGGGAUAUGUUGAGAAAAGACGGUUUCGACCUUGAUUACGUGGGGCCUGAAAAACAAAUUUGAACUUGUGUCUCCCUGUGGCAACAACAAAAAAAUUUCUACACUAGAUUGUAGAAAUAUUUUCAUUAUAUUUCUAAGUUUGAAAAGAUAUGUAUUCACGAAGUAAAGUUUUGUAAAUAGUAAAUAUUUUGCACUUA